AUGCCAAAUUCUGCUGCGCAAUCAUAUACUACCUUCUCAACUGGCCAUGACGAUUUGGUUCAUGAUGUAGCAUACGAUUACUAUGGAAGACGAAUGGCUACAGUUUCUUCGGAUCAGAAAUUGAAGGUUUUUGAUCUAAGCGAUGACGGGGAAUGGGUUCUCAGCGAAUCCAUCCGAGCUCACGAGGCUAGCAUUACGAGGGUCAUCUGGGGACCUCCCGAGCACGGUCAAAUAAUUGCAACAUGUUCUUACGACCGGAUGGUGAGAAUAUGGGAGGAGCAGGAAAUGGGAUCCACACUCCGCUGGAAACGCCAAUUCCAAAUGACAUCCGAGAAGCGCACAGCGAUCUACGACAUAUCCUUUCCGCCGGCCACGGCGAGCACCGCGUCCGGCACCUCGACGGGUCUGAAAAUAGCAUUCAUAUCAACCGACGGGAUAAUCCACAUCUACGAAUGUCGAGAACCCCAAGACUUAACGCACUGGAUACCAAUGGAGGCCAUAGACACACUCCCUACACCACCGAUGAAAGAGAUCGAAGUUUCCUUCUGCAUUGACUUCUGCCCCUCUCGCUGGAGCGGCGAGCAGCUUGUCGUCGGCGCAAUGGACAAAGUCCAAGUAUACCGGGUGGGCCACGACACCGUCAGACUCCGACCAGUUGAAGAACUGAAGGGACAUAGAGGCCUGGUUAGGGAUGUAAGCUGGGCCGCAGGAAUGGGCAGGAGCUAUCACCUCAUAGCAACAGGCUGCAAAGACGGCCACGUCCGUAUUUUCAAACUUACCGCCUCACCUGGCCACCUCAGCGAGGGUUGGUCGGUAGAGCUGAUCGCAGACUUUGACGACCACCACAGCGACGUUUGGAGAGUCUCUUGGAAUGCUACGGGAACGGUCCUUUCCAGCGCUGGUGACGACGGCACCAUUCGCCUCUGGAAAGCGGCGUUCUCGGGGGAGUUUCAAUGUCUUUCUGUUAUUGCAUCGCAGAGAUCUGGGUAUGCGCUUGCUGAAGUCUUUUGA